GUUGGCAAAGCUACGAUUAGUCAAACAUCAAACAAAACAAAUCAAAAUCGGACAGUGACAGACUUUUGAGGGAACCAAUCAAUAUCAAAAUUGGAAAAUGUACAAACAAACGUUCGAAUCGAAGUUUGAGGUGAUCGAAAAGCUCGACGGAAAGUUCUGCGACCUCCUGAAAAUCUCCAACCGGAACACCGGCAAAAACUUCAUAGCCAAACGUUUCCGCAAGCCGUGCAAGAACCUCCAAUCGCUGCUCGAGUGUCCGGACGUGGUGCUCCUGCAAAAACUCCCCUUCCACCCCAACAUCUUCGGCCUGGUGGAGUAUUUCUUCGAAACGUUCGGCGACCGCGUCACCUUCCUCUACGACAUCGUGGACGCGAACCUCAGGGAGGUGAUCAGGGAAUCGGCGGUGGGCCUGAAGGAGCGCGUCUCGCGCGUCUAUCUGCGCCAGAUGUUGCACGGGCUCGAGCACCUGCACAAGAACGGCUUCUUCCAUCGCAACAUCAAUCCGGAGACUAUUCUGGUGAAGAACUACUCCGGCACCGCCACCGAGGACCAAAUUGUUAAGCUUGGCGGACUGGAGAGCGUGCGGGGGAUUUACAGCUCGCCCCCCUACACGGACUGCGUUAAUGUGAACAGGUACCGGGCGCCCGAGGCGUUGAUCGCCAAAGGGUUUUACGGGUCGAAGAUCGACGUUUGGGCGCUCGGCUGCAUCUUCUACGAGAUGAUGAAAGGGAAGCAACUGUUCAAGGGACACACCGAUAUUGAUCAGAUGGAGAAAAUACGCAACGUUUUAGGGAAUCCCCGCUGUAUUUUGACUUCUAAGUUGCGACAGCACAUGGAACCAUUAAUGAAAACACAGUCGAAUUCGUGUCUUGAUCAUUUACUGGUAGAUGUGUCGCCAAAGGGCAGAAAACUCUUACGAUCUAUGCUAGAAUAUGAGCCUGACUUAAGGCCGAAUGCUUCUAGACUAUUGAAGAACAGUUAUUUCAUGGAGAAUCCGGAUAAAUACGAAGGAAGGUGCAGUGUCGGGAAAUGGACGCAGAAAAUGGCAGCUUCCUUUUCAUAAAUGAAUAAUGAGAUUAUCAGAACAUUUGAGUUAUUUUAUUGGAAACGUUUAUACAAUGUUUUUAAUUGUGUGUGUGUGUGUGUAAAUGUCGAAAUCAAAUUAAAUGUCUUUGAUUAAA